AUGGACAAACCAUUCUCCAAAAGAAUAAUAAUACCUAGCAAAUGGAAAUGGAGAGGGAUUUGUGAACCAAAUUCUAGUUGGUCCAAGUUGCUUGCUUAUAGAUAUGGCUCUUUGUAUUCAAAUUUCUUGGAUCAGGUGGUUUGCGAAGGCAGAGGACAAUCGAUUUGGUGGCGUGAUUUAUUGAAGAUAGGCAGAGAAGAUAAUGGCGACUGGUUCCGAUCAAAUAUAAGUAAUGUGCUGGGACAAGCGAAUGCAAUUCGAUUUUGGAAAGACAAGUGGUAUGGACCUGAUUGUUUGAUGGAUUUAUAUCCAGCUUUAUAUUUUAAAACUUCUAUGCCAAAUUGUUUUGUAGCAGACACAGGUUUUGAACAUAAUGGAAAAUGGAUUUGGAAUAUUUGUUGGGCUGAAACAUUGUCUUCAACCGAGUCAGAUGAAGCAGAAGAAUUAUUGUAUUUGUUGGCCGAUAUUAGUCCUAAGCAGGACAAAUUGGAUAGCAUGAGAUGGAUACCAGAUCAUAGCGUUAUGGGUGAAUGAUGUUCCAUCAAAAGUAAAUGUUUUUGGUUGGAGGUUAUUAUUAGAAAGAUUACCGACCCGUCUGGCUUUGGUGAGGAAAGGAAUUAUUGUUAAUCAUCGUGAAUGGUGUUGUGCUUUUUGUUAUAGGGAAAAGGAAGACAUUAAUCAUUUGUUUUUUAAUUGCUCUUUCUCAAUACGUGUGUGGACGAAUAUUUUUAAGUGGAUGAAAGUGACUUAUAUUCAUUUUGAGGAGGUUUGGAGCCACUUCAACAGUUUUGGGGCUUUGGUGAAGAAUAAUAAAAAUGCUAAAGGUCGCCAUCUGAUUUGGUUAGCUACCACGUGGAGUUUAUGGCGUGCUCGAAACAACACAAUGUUUAGAGGAGUUGUUGCUAAUGUGUCUGUCAUAGUGGAUCAGAUUAUUUUUAUUACGUGGUUUUGGUUUAUAGGUCGUAUAGGGAACAAUUCUUGUUAUAAGUUCUCUGAUUGGUGUAUUGAUCCAUUAGCCUGCCUCCAUAGUAUAUAAUGGAGGUUCACCGAAUUGUAAGGGUUGAGUACACCUUAUACUCCUUAUAAUUCAAUUAUUUGCUUAUAAAAA